UACCUCACAAAACUAACCAACCAACCAACCAAAAACCUUACCAAUUAGUUCUAAUUUGCAUCUGGACAGAGACCAAGAAACCAAUGGUCAUAAGGAGUAAAUUCUUUGAGUCCAGGAGUGGUUCUUCCAGGGCAGGCAUGAGGCACACUAAAUCUUCUCCAGUUCUCUUUGCAUCCCCAAACUGCCAGUAAAGUCAGGGAAGUUCUGGUGUGUAAGGAAUUCAAGCCCAUAAAUAAAGCAUGGCAGAGAAGCUUACAUUGAAGAUAUUGUAUUCUAAGAUUCCUUGGUAGGGGGAGUAUUUCUUAUUCUGUGUUUGUACAGCACCUAGCAUAAUGGCCCUUGAUCCUCUGGCCCUGCUGUAAAACAAAUAAUAAAAUAAUAAUAAAAAAGAACAGUAACAGAAAUUAAAUAUAAAUAUCGACUGCUACAUAAUAUCAAGGGUCUGAAUUAUUCUCAUAAAGGCAAGCAAACUCAAAGCUGAUUCUGCAGGUCAGAUCUUUAGCUGCACCAGAGCUCAGAGCUGAAAGAGGUGGGGAGCACAAGUGACCGUUACCCAACUUUGUGCUCCUUUGAUCCUUGAGACCAGUUCUUCUCCCUGUAAAACUUAGGGCAGCUUUAGAGCUGCUCUAAAUUACACCUGGCUGCAAAAAAGACUGUUUUACAGCCAGGGACUGCUCAAAUGCAGCAGGGUUCUAGUCUUCACCUCUUUGAUAGCUCUGACAUGCCCCUUAUUUCGGUGUAGUGAGAGGGUGGCAUAGAGUUAGUACUGGGGCCCUAUACAAACAGUGGGGCUUCCUCUACACCAGGGGAAUCCUGACUGUUUUGAGUUACCAAAGCAGCAUUGCCAAGAACUGGGAUCUGGCCCUCCAUUCUCAGCCCAUGCUGUUGGGAGGGGACCACAAUGCUCUGGUCAGUUUUUCUGUAUAUAUUUAUUCAUCCUUUUUAUAUAAAAACAAAAACAAAAUUUUAAGCUGAAAAAAUUAAUUAGAUCCUUGAAAUUUCUAUUUUCUAUAAUAUCUGUAAAGCUCAGGAUAUUAACUAGAGUAUCAAGGUGAAGUGAGGCUUUUCUGCUCUUAUUGAAGUUCUGAAGUAAUCAAUACAAUAACCUCAAAUGAGUUUGUGUAUUUGAUGGAUGUUGUACAACUGGAUGUAAAAGGCACAACAUGCUGCAUGAUAAGUUAUAGCCAAGUGAUAAUGGUUGUCAAAAUGAUGAUUAAAAAAUGGCUGUGAUUGACCACAGCCUGUGAUUGACCCCAUAGGAACGGCCUGGUGGGACCUGUCAUUUCUAUAGACUUGGGGCUCCAGAUCAGGAUGGAUUGCUAUAUAUUGGGACCUGCUGAUUCCAUGGGCCUGGACACUAGGAUCUCAAAUGGACCACAGCAGCUGGGAGUUGUCUCACAAACUGAUGCUGGGUCCCACUGUUGUAGAAGAGUGUUACGGAUGAAGUCCCAGAAACUUGGAGAUUUUUUUUUAUGGAAAACCCUUGUUUGCAUAUUUGCAGGAUAUUCAUCACUUUAUUUCCACAAAAAUCCCCACCCUCACUCCGCCAGUCAUUUCUGCCUGCGCCUCCCCUUGCAUUUUCCCUGUAGCCCUCAAUUUGGGUCUCCGCCGUUUGCCAUUUCGGUGAUACCAACAGGCUCUCCUCUCCCCACUCAACUCUCUCCCUCUCCACCACUUCUCUCUAGUUCCCUACAUCUGCCCUCAAGUUUUCUCCUGUCCUCCCCAUCUCCCCUGCCACACUAUGCUCCCUGAUGCCGCAUGGAGCACGAGUCCCCCACCCACCCAGGGCCAUAGAGAUAUGGCUAGAGCUGACACACUGUCACCCUGUCCGUCGUGCUGGCGCUCUACCCAUGCUUGUGGCGGACGGGCUGGGCUACACUCUAGGCAGAGGCUCUAUGGUUAGAAUCCUGUGGCCUCCGAAGGGCACUGGCAGUUGAAACGAGCCUGAGGCAGGAGGCCACGACGACGGCCCCAGAGACGCGCAGCCCCCCCCCCCCGCCACACCACACCAGAGGAGACGGCAGCAGGGCCCCUCCACACCCCAGAGAUGGCCCAGCUCCCAGGGGACCCAGAGGGGUGCAGGCCCCAGAGCAGCUGGGAGAUGGGCAGCAGCCCGGCCUCCCCUGCUCAGCAUCCAGCCUGGCUGUGGGCAGCCGUCUUCCCCACACUCUGCAGCCUGGGGAGGAGUGACAGCAGCACCGCCCUCCCUCAGCACAGUGACCUGAGCAGCCAGGAGGAGGUGCAUCUAGGGGCCCCAGAGAGGAACAACAGCAGCACCGCCCCUCGUCCUGAGCGCCAGUUCCGGCUAUGGGCGGCCGCCUUGCCUGCCCUCUGGGGCAAGGAGGAAUACAGCUGCGAGCAUGGCUCUGCGAAGUAUCUGGCCCUGUGUGGCCUAGGUGGCGUGGUGAGCUGCGGCCUGACCCACACGGCUGUGGUGCCGCUGGAUCUGGUGAAGUGCCGCAUGCAGGCAGAGCCUAGUCGCUACCGGGGCAUGCUGCAGGGCUUUGCUCUCACCGUGGAAGAGGAGGGGAUGCGUGGCCUGGCCAAGGGAUGGGUCCCCACCUGUGUGGGCUACUCUAUGCAGGGCCUCUGCAAGUUUGGCUUAUAUGAAGUCUUCAAGCUGCGCUAUGCUGACAUGUUGGGACCUGAGCGAGCCUACCUGUGGCGGACCAGCCUCUAUCUGGCCGCCUCAGCCAGUGCCGAGUUCUUCGCUGAUAUUGCUCUGUCCCCCAUGGAGGCAGCCAAGGUGCGAAUCCAGACGCAGUCAGGUUACGCCAACACAUUACGGGUGGCUCUCCCCAAGAUGUACCUUGAGGAGGGGUUCUGGGCCUUCUACAAGGGGGUGGCUCCACUCUGGAUGCGCCAGAUCCCCUACACCAUGAUGAAGUUUGCCUGUUUUGAGCGCACCUUGGAGGCCCUCUAUGCCUAUGUGGUGCCCAAACCGCGCACUGAGUGCUCCAAGGCUGAGCAGCUUGGCGUCACCUUUGUUGCUGGCUAUGUAGCCGGUAUCUUCUGUGCUAUAGUCUCCCACCCAGCUGACUCUGUGGUGUCUGUGCUCAACAAGGAAAAGGGCAGCAGCGCUGUGGAAGUCCUCAAGAAGCUAGGCUUCAUAGGAGUGUGGAAGGGCCUCUUUCCCCGCAUCCUCAUGAUUGGCACCCUCACAGCCCUGCAGUGGUUCAUUUAUGAUUCAGUCAAGGUCUAUUUCAGGCUCCCUCGGCCCCCACCACCAGAGAUGCCUGCAUCACUGAAAGAGGGGUUUUUCUUUAAGUAGAUUCAGCCCAUAGAUGCUGCAUUGAGAGUUAAGUUCCUGCUGCAUUGUACUGUUUCAUUUGUGACUCUGUUUCAGGCUCCUGGACCAACUCCCAUCUCAAAAAGCUACCUCUCCAGAUAGAGACUGAUGGGAGUGGUUAGCCUUUUCCCAUAGACCUUGCAGUUACACUGUCACUUCACUACAUCGUUCAUUCUGCCAAUUUCAGGUUCCAACCAUCAUCUUAGAUGCUCCCAUCUCUGGACUUUUGCCUAGACAUGAAUUUACAUUUAGCAGCUCUGUUAAAGAUCUGUCUCUGCAAAGGCUUAAAUCUAUCAUUAUGUGGCUCUUAAUGCCUGUGUUUAUUUUGUUUGCCAUGGAUAGUGACUCUGAAAACUUUGAAACACAACAGAGUCAUAUUCCCCUGUUGUAGAGAAAAUUGACAUGUAUUUUAAAUGGGUGCUUAUUUUACACUCAUAUACAAUAUUUAGUGGAACCAAAACAUUAAAAAUGGCUAUGAAUAAUAUAAGUUAAUAUGUUCAGAAUAUAAUAAUUUACAGUAUCCCUAGACAAAAGUGUUUAUCCACAUCGUUUAUUGGAAUUGCAUAUUUGCAACUUUGUUUACGGAAUGUUAUAUUUUGAAAGGUUAGAAUAUUAAUGACAGUUAUUUAUGUGUGUUUGAUAUAAAACUGCUGAGAUGUUUGAAGGAGUAUUUGUUAAUGGUUGAUUAUACAAAGGUGUCCUGGCUCCCAAAUUAGAAAAACUGGGCAUAAAAUAGAGUUAAUCCUGCUUACCUCUCACUUACAUACCUUAUUUUUAAUAAAUAAUUUGGGAUAGAAAAAUAAGUAUAAUAUGCCCUAAUUUGGUGCCAUUUCUAUCUCUUAUGUGGCAAACACCCUCCUUUAUUUAAACAUAGAUCAAAUUGAUGUGUGCUGUGGGUUUUCUUCGAUAAAAGGGAUAUGGGCAUGGUGUAACUUAAAUGAGAUAUGGCCUGCAAGUCACUCAUUUAUGCAAGAAUGCCAGACAUAAUAUACAUCUGAACAUAAUUUUUCCAAGAAUGUUAUUUAUUAAAUGUUUAGAAAUGUUAUGUGGAAAUUUAAAUAGUUAACAAAGCAAAUAAAAAUGCUUUUUGUCCUGUGGGAAAUCAUUAUUUAUAAAAGUGUUUUAGUCACUGUGGAAAUACAGAAUCUUUAUGGAAUUGCUGCUGUUAUAGUAAGACAGUAAAUUAACUGUAGUACACAGAUCAUGUGCUGUGGGCAUUUACAGUUGUUUGAAUGGAAUGACUAAGACAAUUCUGCAACAUUUCUAAAUAAAUGUAAAAAUAUAGUGUUCUGUUCUUGGGGCCUAAUCCAAAGUCCAAUGAAAUCAGCUGAAAGAUUCCGAUUGACUUCCCUGGGCUUUGGAUCAGUUUCCUGGAGAAUUAAAAUAGCCACAAGAAAUGGCCAAGAAAGAUGUGACCAGAAGUGUACAUUUCUUUUACCUUUUUGAAAUGCUUGCAUGGUAUAUACUACAUUAGACAAAACAUCAAAUGGCCCACAACAAGCUGCUGUUCUACAUCUUGAAUUCACUGACAUGCUAAAAGGGUUAAAAAUCUCAACAUAUAUAUUACAUGCCAGUGUUUCUCAACCAGGGGUCUGUGGCCCUCUGGGGGGCUGCAAGGAGGUUUCUGGGGGUUUGCCAAGCAGGGCCAGCUUUAGACUUACUGGGGCCCAGGGCUGAAAGCCAGAGCCCCACCACAUGGGGCUGAAGUCCUGGACUCUGAGCCCCACCACAUGGGGCUGAAGCUAAAGCCUGAGGAAUGUAGCUUUGCCAGGGCUCCUGUGGCAUGGGUCCCCAGGCAAUUGCCCUGCUUGCUACCCCUUAACACUGGCUAUGGCUUUUAUAUACAGAAAAGCAGUUGUGGCACAGGUGGGCUGUGGAGUUUUUAGAGCAUGCUGGGGGGGCCCCAGAAAGAAAAAGAUUGAGAACCCCUGUUAUAUGCCAUCUUUCAGGUAAACAGUUGUAAAGAAUAAGCAAUGACAGAGCUGAAAGAAUCAGUUCUUUAGCUUGAUGUCAGAAAAAAUCCAAAGACACCUUCUAUUUUCAAUACACGUAAUUUUGGAAGCACAGAGAAAUGUUCAUUAACUCUCAUUUAUGUUUUGCAAUUGAAGCUGAAAACAUAUGAGUUUUACAAUGAUACUAAGCUUAACUAAAGUUUAUUGGCAUCCCAGCAAUUAUAUUGAAAUUAGCAAUUGUUUAUGGAGCACAGUAAUUGAUAGACCAGGCACUAACAUCCCAGUCCCAUGGAGAUGUGGGAGAAGUAUUCAUUUAAAAGUACAUGUCUACAUGCAUCCGACGAAAUGGGUAUUCACCCACAAAAGCUUAUGCUCCAAUACAUCUGUUAGUCUAUAAGGUGCCACAGGACUCUUUGCCAUUUUUACAGAUCCAGACUAACAUGGCUACCCCUCUGAUACAUUUAAAAGUAGUGAGAACUGUACUCUCAUCAAAUAUGUAAGCAGCUAUCACUUUCCAUUCAUCUUGUUCCUCUCACCAUUGUUGCUGUUAUACAUCUUUUU